AUACCUUAUGUAUUACAGUGAUUUGGGUUUAUGUCUGCUAGGCUUUUUGAAGUCAGCUAUCCAUCCUGGAUAUGUAGGAUGCCAUAAGAUUUUACAACUCGAGGUAUUGCUGAGGCCACAUGAUAUCCUCUUCUUCAAAAAAACCAGCAUCAGCAGACAAGCUACAUACCAUAGAGCAGCACCAUUCCUAAUUUUUAUUUGAAGAUGCCAAUCAACUCGGCUUCAGGUGCAUCAUGCCAGAUCAAUCUCCUCCAACCAUCACCAAGCGCUGGAUCACCCUCGAUCAGGACCCCAUGCGAGGAAUACGAUCAUCAAACGACGCUCGAUCCCACCACUGGGGCUAUCCAGGAGAUGGUGACCAUCCAGUCCCAACAGGCUAGUCCCUUUGGAAUCCUGAUCGACAUCAAACCGACAGCAUACUCAUCACUCAAACAGCAACAACAACAACAACAACAACAACAUCCUACUAAUCCUCCUCAAUCAUCAACACAUGAUCAUCAAUCGGUGAUCAUCCCAGAAGAUUACGCGUGUAAGAUCAUCUUGGAUGGGAUCUGGGUGGGCUCUUAUCGACACCCCAAGUCGGCAUCCUGCUCCAAGAAACACAUCACCAGGAUCGUCCCAGCGGAUGGGCUGACCUUCCAAGCCCUCCAGUUCGCCAAGCUCAAUCUGGUCGACCCUGAUGACUAUGAUGACGAUAACCACCAGUCGCUCGAUGAGACGGUCAUCAAAGCAUUGGGAACGAUCCAGAUCGACGUCUUUCGAUGCACUCUGGUCGCCCAACCUCGAUGCAUCACUACCGCAACGACUACUAUUGUUCCGCCUGUUCAGCCGCCGACUGUCACGACCAAUCAGAUGAAGUUCUCCGAACGUUCGAAGAAGGCCCGGAUCUCGACUUCUGCGGGCUUAGCUCAACAGGCAAUCUCUCGUGCUCCUCCGUCUGAGAUGAGAUGGCUUGACCAAUCAAUCGAUCCCUUUCCGUUCCUUCAAUUCAUUUUCAAAUAUAAACCGAGAUCGAUCUUGGAAUCUGAAGGGAUUCUGUUCGCUCAACCCGCACCAACAGUCGAAUUCAAACCAGAUCCUCAAGACCAAAUCCGAUCCGAACAAUCCAGCAGCAUCGACAAUCAUCAUGAUUGUAGUCGUAAUGAUGAGCUUGAGGCGCAUGAUCACAAGCGGGUUAAGGUGGAGGAUGAUCAUGGGAGGGUUGGAGAUAAGAAGCCCGAGAUAAUCGAUCUAACUGGUCUUGAUGACUUAUAA